ACCUCCCCUGGGGAGGAUUUCCAGGACAGGAAAAUCUCUUUUAACCCACCCAGGGAAGAUGAGCACAGAGGACUCUGCCAACGGGACCUCUCCCAUCCCGCCUCUCCCUGGGCUUCUGGUUCCCGCCGUGGAGCCGGUCCCAGCCAGUGCCGCACCCCCUGAGGUGACAGACUGGCUGCCCAUCACGGUCGGGCUCCUCUGCAUCCUCCUGGUCCUGGCCACCCUCCUCAUCUUUGUCACCCUCUGCAAGCCAGUGGCGCUGGGCCGGGCCCUCUCCGGCCCCCACGAGCGCCUGCCCCACCACGCCGCGGAUGCCAGCGAGCCCCAGCUGAGGCUCUGGAAGCGCCUGGGCUCCCUGAGGAGCUCCAUCAGCAGCCUCAGGAGGAGCCAGCUGGUGUCUCACAGCCCGCUCGCCUGUCCCAGAAGCCUCUCCACCGGCCAGGACUGGGACAUCAUGGAGUCCACCAAAAUGUGAUCUCGCCUUGCUGCUCUUUCCCAAGAUUUUGGCUUCCUUCUCAAGCAUCCCUUGGUAUCCUGAGCAACCCCGCAGAGACCCUUUGAGCAACUCAUUUCCAGGCAGUGGCUCUGUGAGGUGACAGGAGAUUUUGCAGUGUCAGGUUCCUAAAUGCUUUCUGGGUUAUUGCUUCCUGCUGGGGCUGGUGAAGGCAUCCAAACCACACCCAUGUGCAGCUACUGCUGGGCAGUCCAAAAAAAAUCCUGCUGCUUCAUUUCUUUUGGAAAACAUUGUGCAAGUUGUGCUCCACCUGAACAAACAGCCGGGAAGAGAGCAGGAGCAACCUGGCUACUGGAAGAGGGGCAGCCCAGGGCAAACCUGCUCCAUAGAAAGCAAUCCUCAGUGGAGAUUUCCCCCCGAGCUGUGCUCCGGAGCAGCUGGAGGGAGGCUCGUGCUCCCACGUGCUGCCUGGUCCCUGUCACCCCUUCCAUGCAGGCAGCUGUGGGUUGCCGUGGUCAAUGCAUUCCCAUUCCUGCUCUCUGGUUCUGGUCUGCCUGGUUUUGGG